GCAGCUGGAGCAGCUUCCCCUGGCACGGCCGCGGGCACUUUUCACCAUGGCAGAGCCUUCGCUGCCCCUCUCCUUCCUCUGCCUCCUCGCCUUAUCCUCCGCCUGCUACAUCCAGAACUGCCCCCGGGGCGGCAAGCGGGCUCUGGCCGACACAGCUCUGCGACAGUGCAUGCCCUGCGGUCCCGGCAACAGAGGGAACUGCUUCGGGCCCGGCAUUUGCUGCGGCAGCGAGCUGGGCUGCUACCUGGGCACGGCGGAGACGCGGCGCUGCGCCGAGGAGGAUUACCUGCCCUCGCCCUGCCAAGCCGGAGCGCAGCCCUGCGGAGCCGGGGGUCGCUGCGCCGCUCCCGGCAUCUGCUGCACCGCCGAGACGUGCGCCAUGGACACCGGCUGCCUGGAGGAGAGCAGCGACGAUGGCACUCAGGAGGCAGCAGAGGAGAAGAAUCUGACGGUGCUGGACGGCUCGGCUGGAGAUCUGCUCCUCAAACUCAUGCAUUUGGCAAACCGGCAGCAGCAGCAGCAGCAGCAGCAGGGCAAGCACCCCCUCCUCUGA